AUGGAAAUGGGGAAUGUUACAACUGUCCAAGAAUUCACCUUGGAGGGGUUUCCUGCCAUCCAGCACCUGGGAAAGGUCCUCUUCCUGGUGCACCUGCUGGCUUACCUGGCAUCCAUUGCAGGCAAUGCCGUCAUAGUCACCAUCACCUGUGCUGACUCCCGGCUCCACACACCUAUGUACUUUUUCCUCAGCACUUUCUCCUUCUUUGAGUGUUGCUUUACAAGUGCUGUUAUUCCUAAGUUGCUGGUCAUCCUUCUUUUAGGCAAGCAAACCAUUUCCUUUCCUGCCUGUUUCAUACAAGCCUUUGUCUUUGUAUUUCUGGGAGCAGCAGGUUUCCUCCUCAUAGCAGUGAUGUCUCUGGAUCGGUAUGUGGCCAUUUGCAAGCCUCUGCAUUACCUGACCAUCAUGAACCCGAAGACUUGCUUCCUCCUGGUCACUGCCUGCUUCGCUUUGGCCUUCCCUCUCAUCACUGGUCUGGUAGUAAAGGUUUCCCAGUUACCCUUCUGUGGCCCCCAUGUCAUCCCCCACUUCUUCUGUGACCUUGGCCCCCUGAUUCAUCUCUCCUGUUCUGACACCAGGUCUGUUGAAAUGUUGGCCUUCGUCCUUGCCUUGUUUGUCCUUUUGACAUCCCUUAUCAUAACCAGCAUUGCCUACAGCAACAUAGUAGUCACAAUCAAGCGACUCCCAUCAGCCAAGGAGCAACAGAAAGCUUUCUCCACCUGCUCUUCUCACCUCAUAGUCCUCUCUCUGAUAUAUGGCAGCUGUGUGUUUAUAUAUGUGAAACCAAAGCAAAUGAACAGGCUGGACUCCAACAGGGAGGCUGCCCUUGUGAACACGGUGGUAACCCCACUGCUCAACCCUGUCAUCUACACUCUGCGGAACAAGCAGGUCCACCAGGCUCUGAGGGAGACAAU